AUGUCAGCCGCUCACACGGUGGUGCCACUGGGGCUGCUUCACAUGAGGCGGCUGCAGAGAUGGUUUUCUCGCCUGCGCAUCGACCCGGUGCGCCAACGGCGGCGCAAAUUGACCAACGGUGACCUAAGGAAGGACUUCCGCCUUUCCAGGCCUACGCUGGAUAGCCUGGUCCACCGUCUCCAGGGGCCAGUCGACCACGGGUGGGGGAAGGCCUUUGAGGUGCUGGUGUUCCUGUUCUGGCUGGCGUGUGGAACGUCCUAUCGAGUGGUGUCGGAGGCCUUCGACAUUCCCCGCACGACAUGCCACGAUUUGGUCCACAGGGUGAGCAAAGGCAUCCAGCAAAUUUUCAGGCAGCAGAUCCACUUUCCGAGCAGGGAUGAGCUGCCAGAAAUUGGGGCUGGGUUCCAGCAGCUGGCAGGAUCCCCGGCUUUUGGCUAUGUGGCAGGGGCCAUUGAUGGAUGCCAGGUUCGCAUUGUGCCCCCUGGAGCCUUUGCUUCAGAUUACUUCAAUCGAAAGCUGUUCCACUCCAUACAGUUUCAGGCCAUCUGCGACCAUGAAGGUUGGUGCCUCCUUGGCGACGGAGGGUAUCCCUGCCUGGCUCAGCCGAUCCAUCUGCUGACCCCCUACCGGGAGCCUGUCCGAAACGCUGUCCAGGGCCGCUAUAACGCGAAGAUGUCGAGGGCAAGGUGUGUGGUGGAGAGGGCCUUUGGGGUGCUGAAGACCAGGUGGCGCUCCAUCUUUUUAAAGGCCCUUGAGGUGAAGGUGGAGUUUGUGUCGGAGGUGAUCAUCGACUGCCUCUUCCUACACAACCUGUGCAUCGGCACUGGGGACAUCCUGGAGCCUGAGGGGGAGGACGACAACGGAGAUGGGGAUGAGGUUGCCCAAGAGUGCCAGCAGCAGUCGGGGGACACUCUUCGGGACAGACUCGCAGCUGCAGUGUCUGCUGCUCCUGCUCCUGAGCUCAGGAUUCCUGUUCUUCUGGAACAUGAUUAUUGUUGA